UCAUUUCCUGUUUCUCAUUGCACAGCAAGCUGCUAUUUUGAAGGACAGUUCUUGAGCUCAGAUCAUAUUUUGCCAACAAAAUAUGGAUUGAAAGAUGGAUUGGCUUUACAGAAAAACACUCGGGUCCAUCGGCUCAUGUUCUAUAGAAACUUUUCCCUGGCCAUUCUAUUCAUUCUUUCAGAGAAUCUACAUUUCGACCCCACCAGGAAAGCCAGAAAAUUCACCAGAGACCAGUGCUACUGAAGUCGGGGAAGAGAGACCUUCUUGCCUGUCAGCCAGCCCAGUGGUGGAAGAGGAAGAGUGUGAACACAGACCCGAGAAGAAUCCCACAAGGCAGUUGCCCCUGGACACUGGACAAGGAUUGACAAAAGGUCUGAAGGAGAAAAAAUUCACCCCAAAGAGACUGCAGCUCCUUCUGGUGGGGAAAACAGGAAGCGGGAAAAGUGCAACAGGGAACAGCAUCCUUGGCAGGCAAGCCUUUGAAUCCAAAAUCAGCGCUCGACCAGUGACCACGACAUUCCAGAAAGGGAGUAGAGAGUUUGAGGGGAAAGAACUUGAGGUGAUCGACACCCCAGAUAUUUUUUCACCUCAGAACCAGCCUGAGGCAACAGCUAAGAAGAUCUGUGACCUCUUGGCCUCACCAGGGCCCCAUGCAGUGCUGCUGGUGAUACAGGUAGGCCGGUACACUGCCGAGGACCAGGCGGUGGCCAAGUGCCUCCAGGAGAUCUUUGGAAACACGAUCCUGGCUUACACUAUUCUGGUGUUCACCCGGAAGGAAGACCUGGCUGAGGGCUCCUUAGAAGAAUAUAUUCAAGAGAACAACAAUAAGAGCCUGGAUGUUCUGGAUGUUGCAUGUGAGAGGCGCCACUGUGGCUUCAACAACAAGGCACAAGGGGAUGAGCAGGAGGCCCAGUUGAAGAAACUUAUGGAGGAAGUCGAAUUGAUCUUGUGGGAAAAUGAGGGCCAUUGUUACACCAUGGAAUUUCCAAAUGUUCCCAGCAAGACACUGUAACCAAAUAGCAAGGCUCUGAGGAGGCUGAAAAGGCUGUCCCAGAUUCAGAUGGCCUCUGAGAAGCCCUGUAGUUACUGAGGCAGAGGGCAUCCAUGUGAGCCAAGCUGGCCAUAAGCAGGAGUGUCUUAGUCAGUGUUCUAUUGCUGUGAAGAGACACCAUGACUGUGGCAACUCUUAUAAAAGAAAACAUUUAAUUGGGGCUUAGCCCAUUAUCUGGGCUAUUUAAUAGAUUGUGUUCUAUAACCAUGUUCUAACCAUUGACUAACUUCUAAGCCCUUGAGAGACUUUGCUGCAAUGACAUAUGUACAGUGACUAAUUCUGAACAGUAUAUGUCUUUCCUGGGGAGGGGCAGGAGUAGUACCAUCUUUUGUGAGCUAAGUAGAGUUGGAUGUAUAGAAACAGAUUACCAAGCACAAGCAAGUCUUGCAACAGAGUCAACAAGUCUUGCAACAGAUAGGCAGGACAUGGCAGAGAUCCUGAGGAGUCAAAUAUGAGAGAGCCAACCCAGAGCCAUCCCCUGUGUGCUGUCUCCCCUGUGCUCCACCAUAAGUCCCCCAAUAAAGCCUUCAUGUCCCAUUGGUACCACUU